AUGACAACACAAGGUGGUGCCGGUAGUAGUGCCGGUAGCGGCGGUAUGACGACGCCCCUAUGGCAAGAAUGGAUGCAGGAGAUGCUGAAAAAUGGAAGUUUCAAGACCAAUGAGAACAUUCCAGAACGACUUAAAGAAAAAUUAAUGGAAACAUGGAAUGAUUUGACCGAAAGACUGAAGUCCGGGGAGUUAGGCGAAAUAGCUAAACUGUGUGGGGACAUGGAUAAACUGGGAAAGAGUCGUAUGGAUAAAGAGGGAGAUAGUUUAAAGGUAUUCUGCAAAGCUAUGGUCCAAGUUCGAUAUUUUACAAGUGGACUGAAGAAAGAGGGUGGGAAGGUGGAAAUUGAGAAAUCCAUUAAAUCGCAUGAAUGGUAUCCACGUUGUUUAGUAGGUAUGGUGGCGCUAUCCGAAUUGUACGGAGAUCAUUGCGAUUUGGAAAGAGUUGUGGAGAAACUGGGGAGCACAGUCAAUGAAAAAUUAGGAGGACGCCUGAAUGGAGGUGAGAAUUCAUCCUACCCGGAUAAAUGUAAAAGCAUCACUUCUGAGGAUAUACUCCUUGGUAAAGCAAUUCUUGGGGAGGAAAUAAGAACUUGGGUUAAGGGAGAUAGGCAGAAAGCUGAGCAGUAUGAUAAUGAAAGGAAGGUGGCAAAGGCAAGUGGGAAGGGGGACCCUCCGAAUUUGUCAAUUCGAAAAAUGGGAGGAGUAGUAUACGAUGGUGAGGGUUUAUGUAAGGGAGGGGUUGAUGGGAAGUCUCCUCGGACAUCAGAAGAAAAGAAACAACAGUUAAAGAAUAACACAGGCAGCAUGGCAAAAUUGUUCGGAAUAGUUGGCACCACUCCUACUGCCACCACCACUCAAGGUAGUGGUGGUUCGUCAAAUCCGUUCGACGUAUUAAUAAAGGACGACUUAAGUCUACAACCGGGAACAUUGAACGACAUACUUGCCCCCUUAGUGGAGAGUAGUACUGCCGGUGUAACUUCAGUUGACAUAACAAAAAUAGAGGGGGCAGUGCAACAAUUGAAGACAGCAGCCCAGGACCAAUUAGCUGUAGCAUGUAUCCAGCAGAACAAGGACAACACCAGUAGUGACGCCUUAUGCAAACGCCUAACAUGUAUACAGAAUUACUUGAAUACGCAGACCAGUGCACAAGGAACAGGACAAAAGGCUACUAACAAGUUUUGGGAUGAGAAGGUAAAGGAGCUGUGGACAGAACUGUCAGAUGCAAUGAACACAAAUGGUACAGCAGGAAGCGGAGAUGAUUGCGAAAAUGUGAAAGAUGGAAGUAGCGGUGAUAGACCAGCAACUCCUUCUGAAAAGGCGGCAUGCAAUUUCUUGCAUGCCGGCUUUAAAGCACUGUACAAGGAUAUGUCGGCGUCGCCGGCGUCGGCGACGACGUCGGCGUCGUCGCCAGACGACGUCUUAAAGAACAACCCAUCGUUUAGACAAACGAUGGGUUGUUUCUUACUUCAUGCUUAUGCAAAACACAUGAAAGAUAAAGCUGUUUGUGACAUAGAGCAAGGAAUAACAACGGCAUUUAAUGCAUGGAAGAACCCAAAGGAAAAAGCAUCUUCCGCUUGUAUUGUCAAUGGCAAGGAACUCUGCGUUCCUUGCCAUUGGCAAGGGGAUGACAAAAAUUGGGAGGAAUGCAAAAUUAAAACAAAUGACCAGGGGGAAAUGAAAAAUGUGAAAGAGAAAUUGGAUGUAAUUGUCGAUAAGGAGGACACCAAAAUUCAAACCAUGGCAAAGGAAGUAAAUAAAGUAGAAGAGCUCUGUGACCAGUUCAAAUGUGUUGCCAACAGAUGGAUGAAGCAAGGUAACGGUGGUACUGGAGGAAAACGUGAAUGGGAUCAAGUGUGGGACAAAGUCAAAGAGCAAAUCUCCCCCCUUCGCACUGCCCUGGGCAGUGCUACAUCUAAAGAGAAGAAUGGCAACCUUGAUACAUACUGCAGCAAUAUCACCGGAGGGAAUGGAAAGGAGGCUUGCCUCCUUAUAGCAGCAGGAUUAAAAAACCUCUACGACAUCCAAGACAACGGCAACAACUCUGUUGAGGCAUCGUUCAAAAGAACGAUGCGCUGUGUUUUAUUAAAUGCCAUUGCCGAUAAAUUAGAAGACAAAGAAUUUCCAUGUAAGGAUGAAAAACAUACGAAGGAAGGGAUAAAGCAUGCUUUUGAGACGAAGAAUGCAGCUAUUAGGGGGGGCAGUAACUGCAGUAGUAAUGAUAAAUGUUUUACGUGUCCGAGGUAUGACAGUAAUUUUGACAAUUGCAAGGUGAAUAAUAACAAUGACAAAGUAAAGGAGAAAGUUCAAGGAAUGGUUAAGGAUGAGGCUCUUACUACUACUAGUACUACUCCCUUAACGACGUCUUCUCUAACUACGACCAUAUGUAAACCGUGUGAUCAGACGGACUUAUGUGAACAACUUAAUUGUAUUGCGCCCAAGUGGAGAGCAAAUAGAAAUAACCAGCCCAUCAGUGGAAUUAUUGAGGACGCCGGCUGGAUUUUCGGGGGACUCCUAGAUCACAUGAAGGACAGAACAAAACAGACUGCAGUUGCCUCCCACUGCGACAGGGACAAAGACGACGCUGACUGGGGCGCCGAUGCCCACGGCGUCGCGAACAAGACCGCCUGCGAGAUGGUCGCAGGCGGUUUGUUCCGCAUAUCUAAUAUUAAGGAUGAAUAUAACAUAGGGCCCAAGGGUCAGAAUCUAAACCCUUAUGAUAACCAAGAGUAUAAACAAUUAGUAGGCUGCUUCAUGUUAAAGACCAUCGUACAAAAAAUGAAAGAACAAAGCCCCAUUUGUGACAUAUCUAAAGGGAUUAAGGCAGCUUUUGCAAAGGCAAAUGAUAUUGCAAGGGUUCAUUGCAAUAACGGUAAACCAUGCUUCGUUUGCAAAUGGGACGAUAUUGAGGAUAAUAACAAACAUCACAGUUGCACGGUUGGCAAUGAAACUGUGAAAGUGAAGGAGAAACUGGAAAAAUUACUCGAGGACAGUGAAAAAAAGACCAAACUUAAUGCCACCCUGGAAAAAAUAACUACAACAGAAGGGAACAGCGGCCUCUUAUGCAGGCGUCUCCAGUGUUUAUCAUCGAAAGUUGAAGCACUUAAACUACAGGUACCACCAAACAGCAAUGCGUGUAACUUUUGGGAAGGCCCUGUUAAAGAAGAACUGAAGAGGAUGUUCAACGAUAUCGCCACAGACGGACAGAAGAAAUCAAUAGCAAACACUAAUUACGCAACGUGCCAAAGCUUCGGUGAUGGUAAUGCUGAUAGUGUUGAAAGAAAAGCUUGUAAUCACAUCGCGGCGGGACUGAAAUACAUAAAAACCAAAACAAAUAGUGGUAAUGACAAGCAACUGCUCGAACGAGCAGUUGCUUGUAUUGCUCUUAAUCUUUAUGCUGAUCAAAUAAAAAAAGAGUCGAAGGAGAAAUGUCCAAUUGAUGAGAAAAGAAUAGAAAAAAUGUUUGAUUAUUGGAAUCGAAUUAAUAAUAAUUCGUGUUCAAGUGGGGAUAAUAAUUGUUUUAAGUGUGAAAGGAAAGCUGAUUUUAAGGAUUGCGAACUAAGUGUUACUAGCUCUUUGAUUCAUACAACACCAAAUGGAACUUGCAAUACUAACGCAACUAACGUGAAGACUAAAAUGGAAGGUCUCCUCUUCAACAACGAAGACCCAUCCCAAUCCCCAUCGAAAUCCAUCUCCCAAGUGAAGGAAACAUUAUCCACUAUCACUAACAUGAAGAACUCUUUCUGUACUCAACUCCAAUGUGCAGCAAAACAAUACGCGAAGAAGACAAAAGGGCAAAGCACCGAUAUAAAAUGGAAUGACAUAAACAGUGUUGUUGAAGAGGAAUUAAGGAAACUUCUAGAACAUAUUACGAAAGUUCAGAAUUGGGAAGGCGCUGCCCAAUACUGCAAGGGCAACAUCGGUCCGUCGAAGGGAGACACACCAGGAGAAAAAAAAGCAAAGCAAAAAGCUUGUAAGCUUUUUGCUUUAGGUUUAAAUCAUAUUUCUCAAAUAAACGAAAAUGAAACUGGUGGACCACUUAGAAAAACUAUGAUGUGCGCAGCACUUAAUCUUUAUGCUGAUCAAUUAAUUAUAAAAUCAACAAAACAAUGUCCUUUAGAUGAUAAAAAAUUAAAAGAGGCAAUAGAACACGCUUUCCAAAAAGGUAAUGCCACUAUGAAGAAUGGAGGAACUUCAUGCAACACUCAGGGCAAUAAUUCUUGUUUUGUUUGCAAUAGGCAAGACAAAAACGAUUUUGCCAAUUGCCAAAUUGGCAAUAAUUCCACUGACAAAGUAGGGGAGAAAAUGACCAUUCUCCUCGACAAGGAAGACAAAUCCAAUUCCCAACCCAACACCAACACCAGCAAAAUGGAACAAACACUUGACAAAAUUAAUAGUAAGGACAUUUUCUGUACUGAACUACAAUGUGCCAUCAAACAACACUACAACAAAGACAAAAUUAAAAAGGGAAACCCCACUUGGGAAAACAUCAAACAUGACGCCACGAAGGAAUUAACGAAACUUCUAGAACAUAUGAUGCAACCUUCGGAGCAGAAGGACGUUGACAAAUACUGUAAAGACAAGGAAGAUGAAUGGUAUAAACUUGGCCAUAAACAGAGCAAAACAAAUAAAGCAGCUUGUUUACUCUUUGCUUCAGGAUUAAAACACAUUUAUGGCCGCGGUCAGGGCCGUGCCAGCGGCCCUGUUAAGGGCCCAUCGUUUGAACAAACGAUGGGUUGCUUAUUUCUUAAAGAGUAUGCAAAACAAUUGCAAAAAAUGGCAAAUGAUAAGAAAAGGGGAAAUAGUUGGGUACAUCCUCUUUGUGACAUAGAUAAGGGCAUAAAACAUGCUUUUGAACAAAGUGAAAAAAUUAUGAAGAGUGUAUUAAAUGAAUGCAAGGAUGGUCCCAAUGGUAUUUCUUGUAUUGUAUGCACACAAAAGGAAGAUUAUUAUAAAUGCAAAAUUGGCUCUGACAGUGUAAAGACCAACGUGGAAACAAUCUUCCAAGACGACCAGAAGCAAAACCAAAUGCAAGAAACAUUAGAGAAUACAGUCUGUCCCAUCCUUCUUACGGAUCUCCUUACCCCUUUUCUUCCUUUGGCUCCUGUCUCUAUUGGCCUUUCUGCUAUGGCUUAUUACCUUUGGAAGUAUUUCGGUCCUCUUGGUAAAGGAGGACCACGUUUCAGAAGAUCUCCUGGUGAAAUUCCUGGUCCAUCAGUACAGGAACAAGUCCUCGAUCAUGUGCAGCAAGAUAGUUCACAUGAAUAUCAAUUGGUGAAGGAACGAAAACCUCGUUCUGCUCCAACUAGAACGAAACGUUCUGGUCGCGUGAAUCGUCGCACGAUUAUUGAAAUUCAUUUUGAAGUGUUGGAUGAAUGUCAAAAAGGGGACACACAAUUGAACCAAAAGGAUUUUCUGGAACUUUUGGUUCAAGAGUUUAUGGGAUCGGAAUUUAUGGAAGAAGAACAGGUUUCUAAGGAAGAGGUUCUUAUGGAAGGGGUUCCUAUGGAAAGUGUUCCAAUGGAACGUGUUCCAAGUUUAGGUUCCGGGUUUAUGGUUUAG